AUGGCGGACCGUUACUCAUUCUCCCUUACGACCUUCUCGCCCAGCGGUAAGCUGGUACAGAUUGAAUAUGCUUUAAAUGCCGUCAACCAGGGUGUCACAGCCCUCGGUAUCAAAGCCACUAAUGGCAUCGUCCUCGCCACCGAGAAAAAGUCUUCAUCGCCACUCAUCGAUCCCCCCUCGCUCUCGAAGAUCUCUCUGAUCACUCCAGACAUCGGCAUGGUCUACGCUGGCAUGGGCCCCGAUUAUCGUGUGCUGGUAGACAAGGCUCGAAAGGUCUCACACACAGGCUACAAGCGCAUCUAUAACGAGUAUCCUCCAACCCGUAUCUUGGUACAGGAUGUCGCCCGAGUGGUUCAAGAAGCCACGCAGUCUGGUGGUGUGCGGCCGUACGGUGUCAGUCUGUUGAUUGCCGGUUGGGAUGAGGGUGUUGAGCCCGAAUCUGCAGAGGCUGUUCAGGAGGGCUCAUCCGAGGAGAAGACACCUGGUAAGACCGGUGGUAUCCUUAAGGGUGGACCUAGUCUGUACCAGGUUGAUCCUAGCGGUAGCUACUAUCCGUGGAAGGCGACGGCCAUUGGCAAGCAUGCGACAAGUGCUAAGACUUUCCUGGAAAAACGAUACACCGAGGGCUUGGAGCUGGAAGACGCCAUUCACAUUGCGUUGUUGACACUCAAGGAGACCAUUGAGGGUGAAAUGAAUGGCGACACAAUAGAAAUUGGCAUUGUUGGCCCGCCCGCAGAUCACUUGCUGGGCUUCGAGGGUGUGGAGGAUUCCCAAGGCCCACGGUUCAGAAAGUUGACCAAGGAGCAGAUCGAGGACUACUUGACCAACCUAUGA